AUGUCUUUCCCACAAUUUCCAGCCAUCUUGUGGGGCAAGAGUACACUCGCCACGUCCACAUCUGACCCUGUUUACAUAGUGAAAGUUCUCUUCUUCAUUGCACUUCUGAUGACCCUGGUCACGCUACUCAUCCUGGCCUAUCGAGUAUUCAGAAGCAAAAGCUAUAACAAGAACCUAGAGCCAGACGCAAGGAAGGAGCCAACGCUGCCGGCAUGA